AUGAUUGCAGAAGAGCAGAUAUUAGCAGGGUUGAACAGCCCAGACAGCAAGAUGUCUGAAGAUGAAGACCAUCACGUGGAUGACAACAAUGGGACUCUGGACAGUGGGGGCCACAUUUUUCGCCAACUGGCUGAGGAGAAGUGUGAGGGCGCCCAACGUCUCUUGAAAAUGCAAAACCAGUGCUGCGGCCGCGCCCUCUUCCAGGAUGCGUGGAAGCCUUCUCAAGGUGAGCGGGGUAAAACCCACCGCGCAGACUCCCACCUCUGUGACUUCCUGGAGAGCCGCUUCCUGGAGGAGCAGGUGAAACUCAUCAAGAAGAUGGGCGACCACCUGACCAACCUCCGCAGGCUGGCUGGUCCGCAGGCUGUGCUGGGCGAGUAUCUCUUCAAAAGGCUCACCCUCGAGCCAAACAGGAGUCUCUGA